UGACAGGUAGACAGAGUAAAAAUUAAAACUACUAUGCUUAUCUCUAUAAUACUUUCUCAAUUUUUAAAUCAAUUGACAGUCAAUACUACAUGACACAUCUUGCAAUUCACCCAAUUACAACUAUAAACAUAAUUUAAGCUAUUUUGAAAGGUGUGAUUAAGUAGUUGGAGUAUGAUUUUCAUACCAGAAAAUUAUAAAUUUAAUUUUUGCUAAUAUUCUUUUAUUCAAGCCUGUCACACAAAGUUACGAGCUAUAAUACAUGAGUAGAGUUUAUCGAAUGCAUAUCUUCGUGUAAUAAAAGUGGGUUUCACUCGUCACAAACAAAAAGUUCAGUUUAGUUAGGUGAAGGGUCACAUCAUUGUACAAUAGGCCGGUGACUCGUCACAUGCCACUUUUUUAUUGGAUGAAUUAGUUUAGACUGUAAUAACAAGUCAUAUUACUAUAUAUGGAAUGCCUAACCGGAUGAAUUUUAGAAAGAAACGAGUUUUAGAAGCGCAUCAACUAGGCAGAGCUGAAGAGAGAUAUGGAGAAGAUAGCGCACAAGACGGUGGGCGUGAAUGGCAUAAAUAUGCACAUUGCAGAAUUGGGGGAGGGCCCUUUGGUCCUCUUAAUCCACGGCUUCCCUGAGCUCUGGUACUCGUGGCGCCACCAGAUCCUCUUUCUCGCCGCCCAAGGCUACCGGGCCGUGGCCCCGGACCUUCACGAGUUCGGGGACACCACCGGGGCACCCAACGAUGACCCUUCAAAGUUCACCGUGUUUCACAUCGUGGGUGACCUCAUAGAGCUUCUCCGGUCCAUCGCUCCUGAGGAGGAGAAAGUGUUUGUUAUGGGUCAUGACUGGGGUGCACUCAUAGCUUGGCAUUUGUGCAUGUUUAGGCCGGAUAAAGUGAAGGCUUUGGUCAACCUCAGUGUUCAUUUUCUCCCUAGGCAUCCUCAUCUCAACCAUGUUCAAAGCUUUAGGACCAUCUAUGGAAAUGAUUUCUACAUCUCCAGAUUCCAGGAAGCAGGGGAGGUUGAAGCAGAGUUUGCGGCAGUAAGUGGUAUAGAUUGGGAGCUGACUGCACCUUGGUCUGGAGCCAAAGUCAUGGUGCCAACCAAAUUUAUAGUUGGAGAGCAAGACUUAAUUUAUCAUCUUCUAGGUGCAAAAGAAUACAUACACAAUGGAGGGUUCAAGAAUGAUGUUCCACUGCUGGUAGAUGUGGUGGUACUUGAAGGCGUGGCUCAUUUCCUCAACCAAGAAGCACCUGAAGAGGUUAACAACCACAUCUACAACUUCAUAAAGAAGUUCUAGACUAUCUUGUAAGGUGUAUUUUUACAAUAAACAAAUAAUAAUCUUAAUAGCUAGCGAAGUUAAGUGUGGGACUUCUUAACAAU